AACCCAAUAUACACUAUGAGUCAGCAAGCUCUAAAUAGCUACACUUGAUGUAGUGAAAGGACGAGCACGCACUCCACGUGUAUGCCCACACAUUGUGAUGAUUUGUAUGUCACUCCUUCAUACAAGUACAAUCCCACAAGGGCUGGCCCUGGUUAAACAUGCUGAUACAAGGCUUCACAAAACAAAUAGAUAAAUCAUUACAUGUUGGAUUGAGUGUUUUCUGUCCCAACAGUCAGGACUGCAGAAACAAUCAUCGGUGCCAGCCUGGCCUCCAUGGAGGACCUGUACACCUCAGGGUCAAAAGGUGGGCAGAGAAGACUUCUGCAGACCCCUCACACUCUGGACACAACCAGUUUGAACGCCUCCCCUCUGGACAGCGCUACAGGUCACUGUACGCCAAGACAACCUGACACAAGGACCAUUUCUUUCCCCCUUCUCUCAGUCUUAGCUUGUUUACUUGUCUACUGGUUGCCUUCGGGAAGAGCAUUGUACAUACACAUUGAGAGCCACUGCACUGGACACCUGGCCAAUUAAGCUGAUUCUGAUUUAAUUUAAAGUUCAGGAGAAACGUAUUUGAGGUCCCUCUCUCAGACUCUUCCUUCUUUUAUCCACAACUUUUUUCUGUCACAUCUCUGAGUUUAUUUGAUAGAAGAAGCUGAAGAACAAAUAAGGAACCUCGCUGGGUGUACUGUGGUUCUAAUGCCCUUUAAUCCACCUGUGUCUUAGAAAUGAAAGCAGUGACACUAACCCAGCUCUCCUUGAGAAUGCUUCUCCUCUAUCCCUCAGGGAGAAUCCAAAAUUUUCCAUUACGUCUAUCUCACUUACAUUGCCCAUCCAUUGUUUGCUAUGGGAGUGUCCUCUUUUUAAUUUGCCCUUACUGCUUACCUUGGAUUUAUUUAUUUCCUCACCCUUCCUGACACUCCAGGCUGUGUUUGUAUGAUAUGACAUCAGCUCUACUUUUUUCAUGGUAAUCCCCUAACAACCCUCCUCCUCUCAGUUGUUCCUCCCUCAACUCCUUUCAUGGGGAUUUCCUGUCAAAUCUUGGCAAUUGCGUCAUAUGCUCACAUGCUCCUUGUGGUGUGGUACAUGUCUAUGCAGGCCUACAGUUUUGUUUUUUUGUUUUUUUGUAAGCCUUCCUGCUUUUAUCUCCUGCAUGGAGUUUACUGUAAAGGUGAUUGCUCAGGCAAAACUCAAUUUUCCAUUCUGAAUGCCAGUAAAGGAGGCAAUUUUUCAAAAAGGGAGGAGAAUAUUUAAAGGAAACAGUCACUUUGAAAACAACAAAUCCACGUACUCUUUAGCAAGGCUGGUUCUUUGGGAUUUUUUUUAAAAUAAAUUUUGUACAGUUAUUCUUCCAGUUAUUGCAGGAAAGGUCAGUGUGUAAAUCAUCUUAACAACCCAGUGUUUUUAUCACUGUGUCUGCAGGAAAAGGUGUUUACAAGAAAAUCAUUAAGUGAGAGUGCAACCAACACUGCACUACAGGCAGCGACUUCAUUUACCUGUCAAUAAUUCACCCGUUGACACUUCAGAGGAAUGUUUGUCCUGGUCUGAACCCACAUCAACUGUCUCAUCACUUCACCAGGGGUUUAAUUACUGCUCAGCAAACCACAGGGGGACCAGACGGAGCGACGAGGAUGAGUAAAAUCAGAUUUUACUGUUGUCUGUUGAAAUUUCAUCCCCAUUUUUAUACCUGAGCCUCGGAGCCAACUCCAUCUGCUCAUCCUCCCUCUUACCAUGACAGGGGAUGUUGUCCCAGCUCCCCAGCAGAGGGACCCAGCUACUGUAGCACCCACCCCUGGGGAGCCCAUGGAUGUGGAGUGUCCCAUCUGCUACCAGGAGUACAACCAGUACAACAAACGCCCACGAAUGCUGGAGUGCCACCAUGUUUUUUGCACUGAGUGCCUCCAGAGGAUCCAGCUGUUCCCCUUUGAACCCUCUGACUCAUCCAGCCCACCAGCCAUCCCAUGCCCCCUGUGCCGCCACCUCACACCCCUAGAAACUGGGGAUGCCUUCUCUUUACCCUGCAACUCCCACAUCCUGGCCAGGCUGCCCCCUAUGGCCUUCCACCUGCCUAUUACCAUGGCAACCCACCUGGCCACAGUCACCCAAAGAGUGGUGCUCUCCCUGGAGGGCGACAGCACGGACACCCGCUUCAUCAUCCUGCCCACCGUCAGUCUGCGGGUGCAGCAGAUGCACCCGGACAGGCCGUACGGCGCAGCGCCAGGCCUGGUUGGGGAAGAGGAAGUCAUACAGCAGAGCAGGAAGACACUGUUCUGUGUGCAGCUGCUGGCUAUCCUCUUCUGGGUGCUGUUUGUGAUCACCUGCGUGGUUGGUGUGAUGUUUGGACCACAGCUCUUGAACAGGAAAUUUUAAUAGGAUACUGAAUGAAUCUUGUUUGCAAAGCAGAUGUUAUUAAUUGUAAUAUACACUGGAAAGUGCUGUAAAAUGUGGGCUCGCACAUGAAGUUUUAGAGAAUAUAAAACUAAACAAUUUUCAAAUAUAAUGUUCUGAAAUAAUGAAUAUGUUUUGAUCACUGUGGCUGUUAUUCACAUUGUGGUUAAUAGACCAGCACCCCUAGACCCCCUUGGUUACUAGAAUAAUUAUUUGUUUUAAUUAAAAAUUAAUUAUAAUCACUUUUAUUGACCAAGUAUGUUUAACACACACAAGCAAUUUGUCUCCGGUGCAUAGGAUCUCCAUUAGAGAGCGUGUUCAACCGAGGCAGCCAUCUGUGGCACUAUGUUGGAAGGACAGCACCCUAUAUUAGUCCUACAACCCAUUCAGUCAUACACACAAACACACACUCACACCAUUUUUACCAACAGUUACUCACUGUAUUUAUUCUUGUCAUUAAGAGUAGAUGGAUAAAGAGUUCCCUCUAGUGGUUUAUUUGGAUGGACUGAACUCACCCCUGUAAUAUAUGUUAUUUAAAAAAAACAUAUGUAACUUAACACUUAGUACUUUUCAUACAUAUCCAUGUUGC